AUAAUAAAUAGUAGCGCGCACGUGUAUGGCAGCACACCUUCCGACCCUCCCGCUCCCACAAAAGCAACAACCGCCGUUUCGAUACCAACCAUUCCGAGGGAAUAACUGAAACGGGUGAAUACCAGGGCUCACCCAACACACACACAGCCUAACUGCUGUGACUGAGUCUGAUUCUUGUGUCUUUCGAUCUGAUCGCAAAAUCGCACGCGGCGUCUACAAUUCAACUUGCUGCUGAAAUAAAUGCAUCUCUCCGCGUCAAUUAAAGUGUUUUGUUUGCUGGCGAGGUGCGGGUGUCGUUUUUGUUAGUCAGCUUAAGUGAGGAAAAUCAAAAUCGGAAAAUGUUUUAGUUCAGCGCAUCGCAUCGCAUCCCCUCGUGCGCGUGUGUGGGUGUUAGUGAGGUAUGCGUGCCCCUGGAAGGCGCUAAGUCAGCUUUACAUUUUUUUGUCUUUGCCGACAUUUGUGAUUCUGGCUUCGUUUGCAAAACAUGACUUGCGACUUGCCGCCCAUUAUUUUAAAAGGCAAGGAACUAAAAAAAUAUCGUCACCUCAAAAGGAAAUAUCCUGUUUCCGACACCUUCCUGCAGCAGAAUUGGUGGAAUGUUAAGCGAUUCAUAAUAUACGCCCUCACUCCCCACUGCGUCAUCCGGAAAUAUGCGUGGCGGAAGCGGGGAAAUCGGGUUCGCAUCGUGCAGCGGGCCCGCACCGUGCUCUUCGAUCCUCGUCUCAAGCGGAUGAUCAAGCGACGUUUACAAAACGUUCGACAGUGGUCUAAGAGUUUGAUCAGCUACUACAGGAAGAUGGGUCGCAUCGAGGAGUACGAGGAAACGGAGAUCUACAGCGUGGCCGAGCCUCUGGGCGCUGAGGAGGUCUCCAAACAGAUGAAGGAGCAACUAGAACUGCUAAAGAGUAGCAAACGAGGACUGUCGUUGAUAGAGGACGCCAACCGAAAUGUCGAGGUCCUGGCGGAAAAGGAAUGCGACAAUGACAAACAGGAAACCCAGGCAGACGCUGAUGAGAUCCUGGAAUCCGACUUGAGCAUUUCCAAAGUCACAGAAGAAAAAACUCCUACUAAAGUAGCGAAGAAAAUAACUUCCUGGUGUGACGAUCUCACUCCCCCCACGCCCAGUAAGGAGCCCAGCAGCACCUGCUCCAGUAACGAGAAGUCGGAUAAGACUCGGAAGUCGGAUGAAAUGGUCGGAGGCAGCAAAUUCCUGGACAUGCUCAUCAGCAAAGUGAGGGUCAAGACAUUUGCGAACGAGGCCAACAUGACUGCCGAAGUUGGUUCGGCGGCGGUCACCGCAUCCGAGGACGAUGGCAGCGAGGAUUUCGUGGGCUUUGAUGAGAGUGUCCACCAGCCGGGCAUGCUGCUCACACCGUUGGUGCCGCAGAACUGUAAAACGCUCGAGGGCAACGCCGCCUUCGUUAGUGAUUCCCUGGAUGCCUACAUGCGGGAGCACUACACAAACUCGAUGCUGCGUUCCGACAGUAAGGAUGAUAAGAAUAAGCUGCUGGAACCGAUGGGCCACGACGGACAGGUCACUAGGCAUAGCAUGGCCCCGCCAAUGGACAUGCCAGCGGUGCCGGAGGCAUUGCAGCGUUUGAGGACAGUUGCGGAACGACGGCACUACCUGCAGGGCUGUAAGAACCAGAAGAUGGUCAUUAUUAACAAUGAGGCCAAUAUAUACAGGGAGUUGCAGCGGAAGCAGCGCCAGCGAAAGGUGAAGAUUGGAGCGAUGCAAGCUCUGCAGUCGCCCGCCACCCAAAUGCCUUUCACCCGACAGGGCUGGCAGGCAGCCAGUUAUGUGGCCACGGAGAACUCCAGGUACUAUUACCAGGUAAUCCAAAUAGAUGGAGAGAUGGUGCGUCUUCCGGGAGCUCAGGGCAAUAAUCUGCGUCGGGAGAAGAGGCCAUACCUCAGCCGGCUGAAUCCAAAGGAAGUCGACGAGAUACAGUGUAGCAGCCAGUGCAUGGAUGCCCGCAUCUACCCCGAGCUGAAAGUGAUUCGCACCAAAGAGACUGCUAUCAAGAACCACAAAGUGCUCAACAAGUUUCCCAUGCCCGCCAUAUUCCGUCCCUGCCCUCUGUCCAAAAAGCCCCUUCAGCGCCCGCUGGACGACGACACGGCGGCAUUGCUGCUUGCCGGAGGUAGCAUGGCGGUGGUGAGCAUGCCGACCGUUCAGCUGGAUGUGAUGCCCCAACUGGGACGACCGCUGGACGAGAUUGCCAAGCGUUAUCUGCAGCAUAUCCUGCCACACCACGACAUCACCCGCGAGUGGGCCGAGUUCAGUGUCUCCACGUUGCAGCAGGCGCCAGCUUGUAUGAAGGAGGCCGAGGAGCAAGCGGCCCAAACGCCAGCGGGCCGCAGGAAGAGUUUCACAUUCGUCAUUCCCUACAUGAACGACCGUAAUCAUAUCCUGGUCCGCCGCGUUGUGGACCGCUCUGAGGAGCUUGACGCCAGCUUCCACCAGUAUCCCGAUGAGCUGCAGAAACUAAACUUCCGCGAGGAUUUGUCCCCUGAGGCAGAUCCUGUGGAACUUGCGUGUGCGGACAUGAUCAACGACAUGAUUAACACCGUGGCUAUUAGUUGCAGCGAGAAUAGCUUCAUCAUGGAGGAUCCAGAUGCGGCCAAUGCCAACUCUUCGGCCCAGAUAGCCGAUCCGAAUGCAAUAAAAGAGGAGGCCGGCAAAGACGCCUCAAAAAUGGGCAAGAAACGCCUUCCCAGCAAACAAAAGCGUCUGGCCAAUGAGCUGCGGCGAUUGAAUGCCACCAUUAUAGAUGCGGCAGCUGCCAGGAAUGCGGAUGAUACGAAACCCUGCGCGAAGGAUUACUGCCAGCUAGGCUGCGUUUGUGGCAGCCUGACAGGCACUGAAAUACCCCUCAAAGAUCAUUGCGGUCGGGCUGAAUGCGUCCUGGAAUGCUGUUGCAUUGGAGGAGAGAAUGCUCGUGUUAUGCGAGUGGAAGCUGGCGAUGUCUGUGGAAUUUCUAACGAGGAUGCCUUUAACCUGCGACGUAAAGCCACUGCUCGACUGGCAAAAAUGGAGAAGGAGUUUACCUCCACUUUGGUGCUAACCGAUAAUGAGACUCUGCUGAUUAACGAGUCGCAGGGUGACAAGAAGCGACGCUGCACCAAGGCUCCGAAGCGGUACGAGGACUUUGACGACACGGAUAUGUUUGAUGAGAAAAAGGAUGUGGUGUCGCCCGGGUCCAAGAAGCAAAAGAAGAUUGCGGCCGCCGCGGCGGCUGCUGCAGCUGCUGCCGCCGCCACUGCCAAGAUGUCGGCGCCAAUUUUGAACUUUCCCUGCAUUGUUAAGGAUACGGAUAUGGAAAAGUUGAAGCAUUGCGUUGUUAGCCUGCGACGACUGCCGGACGUUGACAAUCUCGCCACCUUCUGCAUGACUCACCAGCUCUACAAAUGCUUUUGCGGGGGCGUUUCACCUGUUGGGAAGCCCGUUGUCAUCGAGAAGGAGCAGUGGAACCCGGAGGUCACCCACUACAAUCCUGACCUUGCCAUCAAGGCUCACUAUAGCUUUGAGCGACCACCCGAGGAACCAGCCAAAAAGAAAUUCAAGGAUAAGAAGCCAAAGCUGAAAGUGGAGCAGAAAGCGAUUCAUAUAAGUGAAAAGCCAAAGGAGCCAGUGGAGCUGUCGACGCCGUUGGAGUUGGAAACUCCGAAAAAAUACGCCUUCGACCGUACCAAGGAGGCGCUCUCCAACUUGUUUGUUAAUGAUACUCCCCAUCAGCGAUCCGCCGAACUGGAUGCCAUUUUUAUUUAUUUUCGAUCGCGUCCGAAUAUGUGCCGGCGAGCCGUCGCCGUGCCAAAGAGCUCCUAUCAACGCCUUAAUCGUCGCCGGGCUGAGAGAAUACGCGAGUAUGUGUCCCGCCAUGAGACGCCGAAGACGGAAGAGUUGCUUAGGGAUCGUAUACUAGGCGCAGUAUGCUAUUACCGCAAGGAACUGGAACGUCAGAGGAAGCUUGCUUCCAUGAAGCAACCGGCUCCUUCUGUCAUUGAAGUGGUCGAUGAUUCUGAUGAACCGGAGACUGUUAGCCUCCUAAAGCGAUCUGCCGCCAAAGACAUGGAACACAUUCCGAUCAAACGCAGUAAGUUGCAGAUUGAAGAAGCCACUUCUACUUCUUCGGAGAUCCACCCAAGAGACAUCCAAGUACCUCGCAUUGCUGCUUGCUACUCGCUUAAUGCCGCCUCUGUGGAUGUUACGGGGUCUGGAAUGCCCAGUGUAGCAGCUGCUGGGUCCCUGGAGACAGACUCACCCAACUUUAGAUCUUUUUACAACGAAGUAGUCAAGAACAUGAACACCCUGGUGAGCAAGAAAAUGCAGGACAUCGAUUUGGCGCUCCAACGCGAAAGCAAGAUAAUCCCGGCCCCCAACGAAGAGAUUCUGUGCAUCAUAAAGUGGACUAACUUCCUGGCCGCCUUUGAAUCGGGCUAUGUGUUCAUAUGGGACGUUCAGAUGAAGACCUAUAAUUUUCUGGCAGCCACCACCACCAAUAUGAUGCCGUCGGUGUGCGGAGCUAUCGGAGUGGUAAACACCAAUUUUGCUCCUGAUCCGAAGGCGCUGCCGUUGAUGGCUAGCAUGCUGAUGGAGGGUAAGCGGAACGAGCACACGAGUCGCCUGGCUGUAGUGAUGCAGGGAAGGCAGAGCUAUUGGCUUGUUAAGGGCUUCCUCCGACACAUGGAGGGCAAUGCUUGCACCAAACCCACGCCGCAGACUCACCCGCUACUGACCAAGAAAAUUAACGUACUCUGUUCGUUGCUCGUAAAGCAGCGCAUACGGGAACACCACAAAAAGAUGCACAGUUCAGGAGGCCUACCUUGUGGAGAGUCGGAAUGUUCGGCACUUCGCCCAUCAAAGGGGCCAUCAACGGCGCUCUCAACUGUCCCUGCUCCAGCUUCUGCCUCUGCAUCUAAUCCUGAAUCUGCAGAAGGACCUGUGACUGCAGUCGAACGCUCUUCUGUGGCUAAACUCGAAUCGGGGCCUUCUGUCAAUCCCAAGUCUGGGCAGACAGUCACUCCUCCUCCCAAGCCAACCAAAGCCAACGUGUCUGGAAUCCGCAGCAAUAUUGAGUUUCGAAAAGUCAACCAUCACGAUGUGGAUGAGUUGCAGAUCCCAGAGAUGCACAGUGAAGAUCACCGCUGGUUGGUACUGGACCUCUUUGACGACUUUUCCCACAUCUUCGUUCCCGCCCUUGGAGACAUGAUUUCCCGAGACAGAAUCCACAGUGUAAUGGAAGUGGCCGUCGACAAGCAGAAGGUGGUGAAGCUGCAGUUCUUCCAGAACGCUCCCUAUGACGCCUUUGUGACACCGUCGUCCCGUAAGAAGAUUUACUUCGGGCCACUGCACCUAGACCGUUGGCCACCACCGGUACUGGUGCUGCUGCAGAGUGUUGAUGGAAAGGUAAUGCUGCGGGAGGUUUAUCAGCGGGCGCACUCGGUUCCAGUGGACCCCCAGCGUCGCAGCAUGGCGUUUUGGGUGCUUCAUGUGAAUGGCCAAGUUCACUUCGAGAUCGAUGUAGAAUCGACUGCCAAGCUCGAGGAGCAGUCCGCAGCGGAAGAAUCCUUAGAAGAAUUGAUGCAAAUUCCACCACAGCUUUCUGUUGAAGCGGCGCAGGACGAAAAGCCGAUUCCACCCGUCGUGGUCCUUGACAGCGACGAGGAGGAUGAACCGAAGAGUGACGAUUCGAAGGAGAUGGAGAGCCCUGGUAAGCAAAAGGAAGUUUGUGUUAAGGAAGAGUUUCUGCCGAACGAGACAAAGACGGAACCACCCCGUCUUAACUUCACCAUCCAGUCGGUAGGGGCGAACCGCUCCCUGCAGAUCACCCCAAGCCCAUCCUCGGCUCCAGUAAAGAUAUCCUUAAAUGACGGAUCCGUAUCUCGGAUGGCCGGUGGCUUUAUGCCCUUUAUUUCGAAUAUUCCCAUUAAGAAUGGAGAACCGCAGCCCACCACGCAGCUACUGACGCCACAAGUUCAGCUUUCGACCACGGCAGUGGCUUCCGAUGCCACUUCACAAAGCUCAUCGGACCAUCCACCGGCCGCUAAGAUAAGUCGCCUCUCUUUGAUGAACAGCAAGAUCAAUGAGUCGCUGCAGGAGCUGCUGAGCAACGGGAACACUGUAACGCCUGGUGGCAUUACAAUCACCAAACUAUACAGCCAGGACGGGAAACCGGAUCCCGACUGCAUAAAGGUUGGCAGCAAGCGCAGUGCAACCGGUGCGGCCAAGGUACCACCGAAAACAGUAUUAUUACAGCCGGGAACUGCUCAGACAGUUGUCAAAUUAGGUCCAGCGACUGCAUCUACAUCAAAGCCUCCCGAGAAACCACGUACCAGCCUGCCACCGGGUGUCAUUGAGGCAAUGAAAUUGUAUCCUCUUCCCUCGAGUAUGUCUCGGCAAUCGUUGUCGGGAAAUCGAAAAGUCACAGUGAAGGCGGUGGCGUCUCGCCCAUCCCUGCCAGUCAUGAUGACCAGCGAUAAGUCAAUGCCAUCCGCCUCCACGUCACAGUCACCCGCUACGGCUUCAUCCUCAAACCGUAUGAGUUUGCCCGUCAAAAUGAGGACUAUCGUUGAUACCCCACCCGUUCGCCAAUCUCUGCCGGCAAAGGUGGUUCCCGCACAGCCCUCUGGAGAGGUGCGUCCCAAGGUAGAGGCAAACACGUUCCAAAAAGCUGCGCCAUCUGCACUUCCGAGAGCGGUGCCAGUUCCAGUGCCACCGACAGUUCCAAAAACAGUAGCUGCCACCACAUUGAAUGCCUCGCCAGUUAAGCAGGACGAGAAGAAGUUUUGUUAUGGCUUCAUCGGUGCCAAGGGACUCCCACGUUACAGGGCCAAGGUCCAAGGAACGGAGUUCAUGAUCAAGAUGCCCGAAGUUGGAGUGUUGCGCUUCAAGAACUUUGCUUCCGCCGCCAACUUUUUAAAUCGUCAACUGGCCAGAAAUCCGAAGUUUACGCCUCUAUUGCCGGGCGACUGGAAGUUCUUGGCCGUGGAGCCACCAGCCGGCAAGCAGCAGCAGCCGGCGCCACCCAAACCCCAGGCGACCACCCCCCAAGUGCCAUCGAAGAGUAACCAGCCCCCGGCCGCCAUCAUUAUCGAAGACUAAUGCGAUAUUCCUUUGUUAUCCCCAUCACAGAGAACUUGGUUUAAGUUUAAGUUUAUGCUUCUUCUCAUUCUUUUUUUUUAAUACAUAUUUAAUAUGUAAACGGAUUGCGUUUCAACCCUAGGUUAUUUGAUAUAUAAUGUUC